AUGCAUGCCACCGGGGCGCUGGUCUGUUCUCUGACCUUUACAGUGCUCUCGGUCCUCUUUGGAGGCGUGCGCUUUUAUACUAGGGCCUUCAUCGUCAAGACGCUCUUGAUCGAUGACGUGUUGCUCACGUUGUCCAUCUUGGCCUCGAUAGCGUUGACGACGCUCAUCGUGUUUCGUACGGCUUCACUUUCUCUCUCCUGUGGGCCGUGGCUCGAGUCGUCGGAAUUGACAGAUUUUGCAGAAGGAUACAAUGGCCUCGGCCAGCACAUGAACGAACUCUCGAUCCAUGAAAUAUAUAAUUUCCUCAAGGCUCUUUGGGGAAGCACCAUAGUUUACAGCAUAGGUAUGAUGCUCACUCAGAACGUUUUCCUCUUUCAGUACCGCAACUUCUUCGUCGGUCGAUGGCUUCUUCGCAUUACAACGACGCUGAUUGUCAUCGUUACACUUUUCGGCGUCGCUUCGACAUUGGCUUUGGCAUUGCAAUGCGUGCCAACAAGGUAUAUCUGGGACCCUCUCUCUCCGCCGACUCGCUGUAUCAAGUAUAAUGUUUUCUGGUACACUUCAGCCGGCUUCAACACGCUCACUGCUAUCAUCAUCUGGAUUCUGCCCAUACCGCUGAUCAAGCGGUUGCAUCUGCCAAAGCGUCAGAAGUAUUGGCUGAUCGUGGUCUUUGCAUUGGGUAUUUUUACCUGCCUAGCUUCGGGCUUGCGUAUCCGGGCUCUCAAUCUGGGUGUUGAACACGCCGAGAAUGACACGACUCAUUUCUAUCCAGAUGUCGCAGCAUGGUCGUGCCUCGAGAUCAACGUGGGAAUCAUCUGCGCUUGUCUGCCGACAUUAAAACCUAUCGUCGACAAGUUGUUUCCUCGGUUGUUGCAUGAUCCAGUGAGACGAGACGCUGUGCCUGCGAGAAGUCGUGUUCAGGGAGAGUAUGAUCGAGACGGAAUGUAUAUGGGUAUAAUGCAACCGGAGCCACAGUCUGUGCACAGCAGCGCAGGUGUGAGGACCGAAAAGUGGAAAGACGCGGAAGUAGGGACUGAAUCAGAAAGUGUGAGCGUGUCUUAUCCGUCGUCACCUCGAAGGUAUCCUGGCCCGUGA